AAAGAAAGAGGGGGACGCCGUGACCGCGCAGCGCGAGCACGAGCACGAGCAGCAGUUGUCAUGUGAUCAGCUGCUGGGCCGCACUAGGAAGGAAAUAACAACAACUGCACGGCUCGCUGCUUCCAAGUCACGUUUCCAUCUGAUGAGGCGACAGGAUGGCGGAAGCAGAGGCGUACACCCCUGCCAACCCCACCUGCAAGAUCAUGACCUUCAGGCCCACCAUGGAGGAGUUCAAGGACUUCAACAAGUACUUGGUGUACAUGGAGUCUCAGGGCGCACACCGGGCAGGUCUGGCUAAGGUGAUUCCUCCCAAAGGCUGGAAGCCUCGUCGUACUUACGACGACAUCGACGAGCUGAUGAUCGACGCCCCCAUCCAGCAGAUGAUGGCCGGCCAGUCGGGGCUCUUCACUCAGUACAACAUCCAGAAGAAGCCACUCAGCGUGCAGGAGUUCAGGAGGCUGGCUAACAGUGACAUGUACUGUACACCUCGCUACCUAAACUAUGAAGAUCUGGAGCGUAAAUACUGGAAGAACCUCACCUUUGUGUCGCCUAUCUAUGGAGCUGAUGUCGGCGGCAGCCUCUACGACGAGGACGUGGAGGAAUGGAACAUUGGCCACCUCAACUCCAUCUUGGACCUCAUCGAAGAGGACUGUGGGGUGUCCAUCCAGGGGGUCAACACGCCGUAUCUGUACUUUGGCAUGUGGAAAACAACUUUCUCCUGGCACACAGAGGAUAUGGACCUCUACAGCAUCAACUACCUUCAUUUUGGCGAGCCCAAGUCCUGGUAUGCCAUCCCCCCAGAGCAUGGGAAAAGACUGGAACGUCUGGCUACUGGUUUCUUCCCGAAUAGCUUCAAGGGAUGCGAGGCUUUCCUCCGUCACAAGAUGACUCUCAUCUCUCCCUCCGUGCUGAAGAAGUACGGCAUUCCCUUUGAUAAGAUGACGCAGGAGGCGGGGGAGUUCAUGGUCACCUUCCCCUACGGCUACCAUGCCGGCUUCAACCACGGCUUCAACUGUGCCGAGUCCACAAACUUUGCAACUCUACGCUGGAUAGACUACGGCAAAAAUGCCACGCAGUGUACUUGCAGUAAGGACAUGGUGAAAAUAUCCAUGGAGCCAUUUGUCAAGCGUUUUCAGCCUGACCGCUAUGGCAGCUGGAUGCUGGGCAAAGAUCCCACGGCCAUUGACCACACGCUCGCCACUCCCAGCACCACACCUGAGCUGCAGAGCUGGCUGCAGAGGCGCUGCAGGACAAAAUCCUCCAAUAAAAGCACCUGCCACUCCCGCAUGCGCUCCAAGCGUCUGAGAACCACAGAGGAGCCCGUGGCCCUGGAUGACGGCAGCAAGAGGAAGGGCCUGUGUGGUCCCCCCGGGCCCAAACUGCGACGGCCUGUGGAAGAAACAGCCUGCGGGUCCGAGGAGGAGCACAAAGGCGGAGGAAGGGAGACAAAAGGCUCUUUUCAGCUUCCUGGUCGCUGCAGGCAGAUGUGUGUGGUCAAGGUCAACCGAGUACAGAGCAACACUUUGGGCUUCUCUAACACCGAUCCCAAAAUCUCUCAGCCUGGUCCUGCCUCCACAGCAAAGCAGGACUUGAAGGCCGAGACUAACACUGAUAAUGACCCUCAACACCUCUCCAGCUCGGAACCUCGGACUCCUGGAGGACUCAGAGAUUGGUGUGAGCCAACUCCAAUGCACAUAGGAGUCAACAAGUCGACGUGUUGCUCUCCUGAACCGCAAGACCUCUUAACUCCUCAGGACUUCUCAACUCGGGACACUGGACUCAUGUCCUCAAGUACCUCCACCGAGAUAGGAACGGGGUCUGACGCAUCAAACCCUUUGAGUAGCCCAGAACCAAACACUAACAUUAACAUAGGAUCGGAGAAGUCCUACUCGCUCGACCAAAAACAUAUCCACCUGGAACCUAAACCGGCGGAGCGAGACCGCCGCGCAUCACGUGUCCCUCCCCCGUCUUUAGGAACAGGCGAGGAGAACGUUUGCCCUCCAAUGCUACAAAGGAAUGCCGGGGAAAUGCCCCACCUCACCCCGGAACCGGCAGAUAUGUUUGGCAUCAGCCACCUCCCGCCAGUCUUGAUCCAAGAGAUGCCCUCCCUCACACCAGCCGAGGACAGGCCACCAGACGUCCCGAAGUCCAGCCUGCGCACCCACCGCUUUGCACCUGUGCUGCAGCGGGAGACCCCCGCUCCGUCCUCCCAGGAAGCCCAGCUGGGAAAGAGCGACGCCAGGGUUUGUGAAGACAGAUCAGGUCGUAACCUGUCUUGCAAAACUGAUGCGGAAAAGCACAGCUUUGGAGAGAGUAGCACCUCUUACCAGCUAGCUGGGAGCGUUGACCCCCAAAUGGAGCCGCAUUGCGUCUUAGCGGAGGUAGCAAGGAGCGAGCAGGAGCCAACACCAACACAAAGUGCAUUCAGUCAAAGCAGUGUUGGCUCUGGUCUGACAGAUCUGGCAAGUAACAACAAUUACUCCCAAUUACAAGCCCACUGUACUUCCCCCGGCCCACACACAGACCUCAAAGAUGACCCCAGCAGCAUUUGGAGUAACUUCCACUCUCAGAAUCCUGCGGUUCUUAUCCAAAGCCUCCAUCCAAGCCAACCCUCCGUCUUCACCCACGACGCCAUACCUUACACUUUGUGGGCCGAAUCCCAGUGCAAAGAGGUCACACACCUCGAAGACCCGGGCAAAGACCUCCACGAGAGGCAAAAGGGAGACAGCGGACCGCUCACCUGGGCCCAGCUCGAGCCCACCUCGCUCGCCUCGGUCGGUGCUGCUGAGGAUGUGGACUUCGGCGAAGGUUCCCCGAGCGGUGAAGCGAGACGACGGGUGCUGAUGGGCGACUUUGAUGGCGUUGUUUCGCCUCGGCUCAUGGACGGAGGACUACAGGACGGGGCGUCUGACAUGGAGGAAGGCGGGUCGGAUGUAGAGGACGAGAACCGGAGUAACGCCGACGGGGAAGGCAGCAGCGACUCAUCUGAUGAAAGUGAUUCCAGUCGCUUCGAUUGUGAUGAAUCAAGCUUGGAACCUGGAGAGGUUUGUGCUUACCCUGCCCUGACCACUAAGAGCUGGCGGCACCCACUCAGGAAACCCACCGCAAGGGCUGUACCCACCGCGGUGAAACAUCAGGCUGUCAGCGAUGAUGAACCCCCUGAAGCCAGCCUCGCAGAGGAGGACGAGGAGGAGGCGGAGGAGGAGGAGGAGCCAGAGAUGGAGGCGUGGGCCAGGCCGCUGAUCUACCUGUGGCAGAACAGGAAGAGUUGUUUCACAGCCGAGAGGGAAUACAACGCUCACGCCGCCAGCCUGCAGCCACAUUGUGCCGUCUGCACGCUCUUCAUGCCCUACUGUCAGGGGGAAGACAAAGCGGAGGACACGUCUCCCAUGGAAGGCACCGCGAGUGGUUACCGGGGGCCCAGGAAGAGCAGGCCCCUGAUCCCGGAGAUCUGCUUCUCCUUCCGUGAACAGAACUGCCCCCCGACUCCCACCAACCCUCUGCUGCAGGAAGAUGGCACCUCUCCUCUGCUGUGCUGCAGGGGAUGCUGCCUUCAAGUGCAUGCAAGUUGCUAUGGUGUUGCUGCAGACCACAGCGGUGACCAGUGGUCAUGUGAUCGAUGUGCGGAGGGAGUCUCCACAGCAGAAUGCUGUCUGUGUAACCUCAGAGGCGGGGCGCUGAAGAAAACCCAAAACGACAAGUGGGCCCACAUCAUGUGUGCGGUGGCGCUGCCCGAGGCCAGGUUCGGCAACGAAGCCAAGCGGGGUCCCAUCGACACCAGUAUGAUCCCCACGCAGCGCUACAAACUGAAGUGCAUCUACUGUCGCAAGCGCUGGGCGGGCAAGCGGCAGGCGGGGGCGUGCAUCCAGUGCUCCUGUGGCCGCUGCCCCACCUCCUUCCAUGUCACCUGUGGCCACGCUGCUGGGGUCCUCAUGGAGCCUGAUGAUUGGCCCUAUGUGGUGUCCAUCACCUGCCAUAGACACCUGUCCCACAGCCCCUCACCUCAGGAGCAGCGGGCGUGUCAGGCAGCCAUCUCUCUGGGCCAGACGGUCAUCUCCAAGCACAAGAACCUGCGCUACUACAGCUCCAAGGUCUCCCAGGUCACCUCCCAGAUCUUCUACGAGGUCAUGUUUGAUGACGGAUCCUUCUCCAAUGACACUUACCCUGAGGACAUAGUGAGCAGAGAUUGUGUCAACACGGGUCCUCCUGAAGUCGGGGAAGCGGUUCAAGUCAAGUGGCCCGACGGACUCUUCUACGGCGCCAAGUACCUGGGCUCCAACGUGUCCUACAUGUACCAGGUGGAGUUUGAGGACGGCUCUCAGGUGUUGGCCAAGAGGGACGACGUGUACACGCUGGAUGAAGACCUGCCCAAAAAGGUGAAGCGCAGACUUAAGGACGAGCCACGCCCAGAAAAGAGGUGCAAUAAGCAGACUUGCGUCGUGUCCCAGUCCACAGCCUCCAGCAUGCGCUUCCAGGACGCCUUCUUCACCACGCAGGGCGAGAGGAAGCGCCAUCGCACGCCCAACUCCCGCUUCCAGAAGGACUUUGUGGCCCUGCCAGACCUGCGCAGCCAGGCCAGGUGUGAGCACAAGGAAUGCUCCCUCAAAGGGAAGUAGUGUGUGUGUGUGUGUGUGUGUGUGUGUGUGUGUGUGUGGGAAUAUCUAUUUUCUGGACUAGACGUAUUUCCCUGAGACGAGCUGAGGCUCCAGUCGGAUAUUUUAAUGCCAUUUUGAGGAGGAGCUUCCUGAUUGGACAAAGGAAAGUUCACCCGAGGUCGUUGCCUCCUCGCGCUGUCACGUCCGUCAGGGAGAAAACACUUUUUUUCUUUUUCCCACCAGACAAGUCUUUUUUUUUUUUUUUUUUUUGUCCCGGUCGUCGCCAUGGUUACCUAGGCGGAGCAUGAGCGCUCCUUUACUUCUGGUCCUUCCUCACCCGUUCACCUGCAUGUUUGACACCGUCGCUUAGCUGCUUCUCCCCGCUCGGCGCCGCUGCUUAUUCAUCAUGAGUCAGGUUCCCCCAGCGAGGCGGACAGGAAGCGGCGGCGCCGAGCGCACGAUUACCACGUGGAACGCUACUUUGUUGGAUGAAAUUAUUUAAGAUUUUUAUUUAUUUUUGUGCUUGCUAUAGAUGAACUAUUGCUAACUGCUGUAUGAAAAUAAAAUGUUUUUUUAAUUGCCAACGUCGCUUUCUUUUUUCUAAACAAUCUGCAUUAAAAGUGUAAUGUCAUUAAAUGAUCUUUUCAUCAGUGCAGGUGGAAAAACAAAAAACUAAUGACAUUUUCCACUAAUUGGAACAAAGAAAAAAUUACAUUUUCCAUUAAUUGGAAAAAACAAAAAAUUACAUUGUCGACUAAUUGUAAAAAAAAAAAAAAAAAAUUCAUUUAAUUUUCAACUCAUUGUAAAAAAAAAACCACCAAAUAAAAUGUUCAAUUUAUUGUAAAAAACAAGGACAUUUUUGAGUAAUUGUAAAAAGAAAUUACAUUUUCGACUAAUUGUAAAAACAAAAGCAAAUUAAAUUUUUGACUAAUUUAAAAAAAUACAAAAACACAUUUAAUUUUCGACUAAUUGUAAAAAAAAAAAAUAUUCCGACUAAUUGUAAAAAAAUAAAUAAAUAUUUUCAACUAAUUGUAAUAAAGCAAUGACAUUUUUAACUAUCCAUCCAUCCAUCCAUCCAUUUUCUACCGCUUAUUCCCUUCGGGGUCGCGUGGGGCGCUGGAGCCCAUCUCAGCUACAAUCGGGCGGAAGGCGGGGUACACCCUGGACAAGUCGCCACCUCAUCGCAGCAUUUUUAACUAAUUGUAAAAAAUUUUUACAUUUUUGACUAAUUGUAAAAACAAAAGCAAAUUACAUUUUCGACUAAACGUGAAAAGAUUAUUAAAUUUUUGACUAAUUAUAAAAAACAAAAAUUUCAACUAAUUGUAAAAAAAAAUACAAAAACACAUUUAUAUUUUCAACUAAUUGUAAAAAAUAAACACAUUUUUUUACACUUUUGACUAAUUGUAAAAAAAAUACAUUUUUGACUAAUAAAAAAAAAA